AUGCUAGGAAGCUUAGAUUGUCUCCAUUGGGCAUGGGAAAAUUGCCCUACAGCAUAUCAUGGGCAAUUUACACGAGGUGAUCAUGGUCACCCAACGGUGGUACUUGAAGCAGUUGCAUCACAAGAUAUGUGGAUUUGGCAUGCUUUUUUUGGUUCUCCUGGUUCGAUUAACGACAUCAACGUUCUUAACCGUUCACCAAUAUUUAACAACAUAUACGAUGGAUCCGCACCAGAUUCUUCUUUUCAAGUGCAUGGAACGCCAUAUAAGUAUGGUUAUUAUCUGGUCGAUGGAAUCUAUCCUGAGUAUGCUGUGUUUGUUAAGUCGUUUUCAGCUCCACAUGGUUCUAGACGAAAGAAAUUCAAGAGAGCUCAAGAAAGAGCUAGGAAAGAUGUUGAGCGUGCUUUUGGAGCUCUGAAGAAACGAUGGUUCAUACUGAAAAAACCAGCAGCUUAUUUGGGCGAGGAAAAACUUCAAGAAAUCAUGUAUACGUGUAUUAUAUUGCAUAACAUGAUUAUCGAAGACGAAGAAAGAGCGAUAUGUGUGUUUGACGAGGAAGAAAUAAUACCAGAGACACAGCCAAUAGAAAUUGGUGGCGAAGAGUAUAUAAACAGAAGAGCAGAGAUACGUUGCAAUGAAACAUUUCAUAAUCUUCGCAAUGACUUGGUGGAACACAUUUACGGGGUUCAAAACAUUAACCUUAAUUUGGAUCCACCGGAUGACCCCGAAGACGAGUUCUCGGAGAACGACUUUAUGUAG